CGACGACGACAACAUUGAUGUCGCUUUCUUCGUAAAUUCUCAUGCUGCGGUGCCUGGUUGACAUGCCUCAUAAGCCCAGCGCGUACACAAACAGCACGCAGCUAGCCCUGGAACGCGCGGUAUAAACCAAGCACACCUGGACAUCACCACGAGCACAACUCAUGGCUAACGACUCGCAGGAGCCUUACGAUUUUGUCCGCGAAACGGGUGCAGUUCUUAUAUGUCUCUAUGGAGGUCUCCUGGAACGUUACCACAUCACACGUACUAAACUCGGUUUUGACUCGUGCGUCGUCGUGACCGCACGCUACGAUGCUAGUGGUGUCUUGCUCAACCGCCAGACGCUCUAUCCCGCAUUGCACCAAAUCGUUCUGGCCAACGCCGCGCUCUCUGUGCAAGUCGACGUCACACGGAAGCCAGACUCGAAGCCGAAGUCGAAGCCAGCUGCACCGUGCUUCGUGCGCUUGCCGGUCGUGCUCCUUGACGACGUCGUCUCGUUCAUCGAGGGCAGCGACAUCGAAAAGCUUAUUGCGGACGAGCUCGCGCGUCCGCUCGAACUCGGCAGCUCUACGCCGUUGUGGCGCCUGACGAUCGUAUCUGGACGCACACUGGUCUUUGCAUUUCACCAUGGCAUCGGCGACGGCCAGAGCGGGCAGGCAUUUCACUUCGCACUCCUGUCUGCGCUCAACAGCCCGUCCGACACGCUACAUGUGUAUGGGGAUAAGAUUUCGAUCCCAACAGUGGUACACCUCGUGCCCCCAAUCGAGGCGCUGACGAGUGUCUCCGUGUCCUUCGCCAAGUUCUGCAGCACUAUUUUCGGCACAUUUGCACCAAAAUCUCUGACGAAAGGCGCGUCUGCGUGGACUGGAAACACUAUAGUCAGCACUCCAACUGUCCAAGCACAAGUCCGGUGUUGGGAAAUUGAGGCAGCACAGGCAGCGGAGCUCGUCACGCUCUGCCGGAAGAACAGCACAACGCUUACGGCGUGCCUGCACACACUCGUGGCAGGCGUGCUCGCACGGCUUGUGUCGACAUCGAUGAACAAGGGUCGCAAGCCGUUCAAGACGCUCUCCACCUCGGUGCCCGUAUCGCUGCGCCGGUUCACGGGCGCGUCUCCCUAUGUCAUGUGCGACCACAUCUCGUCGGUCCAGACGUACGUCCCGAUCGCCUCGCUCGCGAACACGAGCACGUCCGACCCAUGGUUCUCCUGGACGGCCGCCGCGCAGUUUGGCAAGCGGGUCCAGCGGUCUGCGAAGGGCACCCGAGAGGUCAUCGGCACGCUGCACUACCUGUACGUGCUCGGCAUCUCGGAGGCCUUUUUCCUCGGUGCGCUGGGUAGCAAGCGUUCCAUGGCGCUCGAGGUGUCGAACUUGGGCCGGUUCCCCGAGCAGCCAGCUGGCGAGAAUGGCUCGUCUGUUCAAGGCGUGUGGUCGCUGAGCAGAAUCUAUUUUGCGCAGUGCGAUGCUGUGGUGGGCGCAGCCAUGAAGAUGAACGUCGCUGGCUCACCGACAGGCACAGUCAACGUCGCUUUUACUUGGGGUCAGGGUGCCCUUAAUGAUGAGUUCGCGGAGGCGGUGAUCAGGGACACCAAAGCUGCACUAGUAUGGGUCAUCCAGUCAUCCUUGAUCUCGUAAUUGUUUGUCCUUCAAUAUGGGCUCAUUUUACUUUCUCUGCGCAGGGUUUCAUAUAUAGUCUGAUAUUCUAAUAACGCUUCUACGAGAUACUUUCUGAACUAUGAGAAUUGUUGAAACUUUUAAUGGAUUUUCGCCGUAUUCACCACGCAGAAGGCUGUCAUGUUUGGUACGCCGU